GCAGCAUCCAACAAUCUCGAUGAACAGCAAGCGCGUACACUCGCUCAACCAGAAAUCGCUUCGCGGGCAUCCCUUAUAUAUGGGAAGCUUUUUUGCUCACUCUACGCCAUUCAUCGGGCAACUUUAGAUAAACCAACAUCGGUUCGGGUACCCUUUGCGAAGUUUGAUCAUUCGGUCGUUAGUUCCAGACAGCCGGUCGUCGAAUAGACCGAGUUAAGACGUAUCCGGUCGCGAUCAGUUUAACACCGGAUUGACACCAUCGUGCAGUGCAUUAGAUAAUGUGUAUACAACACUGAUUAAGACUGGACGUAAUCCGUAAGGCUCAUACUAGACCCAACCCCAGAGCGGAAGCACAUGUGGUGAAACCAAAACAUUCCCCAACAAAAAUAGAUGCAUCCCUCUGCGUAGUAAAUCAUGUCCAACAAGUAAUUACGCCGUGAACUGAUUACAAAAGAGUGCCCCGCUAUCGGAGGAGUUUGAUCUAGUUGCAUGUCUGGCAGCAGCCCCCUUUGGCGAUAGUGAAUGCCUAAUUAUAGAACCCGAAAGAAUUUAUAGCAACCGCUGGUGUAUAAUUAAAUGAUUAUGAGAAAAAUGCCGCAUCGUAAGGCAACAUUGCCACUGUCGACAACAACAGCAGAUCAGCAAAGUAAACAACACAAUCAGUCUGUUGGCGACGGUGGAAAUGGCUGUCACUGGAGCAGUGGGAGCCGGUCAAGCACCCUAGUAGGACUAGGACGAGGUUGUAGCGGGGGAUCACCGAGGCAUCGAACCCAGCAUUGGCGAACGGGGAUAGUGCGCUGCUAUGGAGGAAAUCUUCUUAUACUGUUCACGGCUACCGUUGCGACCGCGUUGACGGUGUUGGCUUCAGAACGGAAGCUACAAAUGCCUGGCCGAGUAGUUUUCAAGAUUUUGCAUGGUGGAUCCAUCCAAUCCGGAACAUCAGCACUGCAAAUCAAGUGCACCCAUCACGACGAAUUCUUGUAUGCAAGCCCGGCCAGUAAGUGCACGUCAUACUAUCGCUGUUAUCAGGGUGAUCUAAUUCGCUACAGGUGUAAUGAGAAGUCAGUUUUUGAUUUCUAUCAACAGAAAUGCAUUCGUAAUGAAGGCACCUGCUACGAACCCAUUUGUACGGGGAAAACUAAUGGAAUAUACGCUGAUACGACCCAGGCUUGCCGUAGGUCGUAUGAAUGCCGAGGCGGCAAGCUGAUAGCAAUCGAGAACUGUCCUUUGGGUCAUCUAUUUGACGGAAGCAAAUGUGCCCCUCAACACGAGGUCUCUUGUGAGAGUCCCAAAAUUUCGGCUAUUGCGUUCCCCUUCAGUGGAGAUGAUCGAUGCUACGGCAGACAGAAUGGAAAUCAUAUUAUCGAUGAUGACCAAUGUAAAAAGUUUAUGAUAUGUCAUGAGAACAUUGUGGUGGAGGUUCUUGAGUGCCCAUUUGGAUACGUGUAUAAUGAGGUGACUAGAAGAUGCACUUAUACUGGAGGCAUCGGGUCGGCAGGGUGCAUGAGCAAUUUUAUGGAUGAAGGAGACGAUACGUGUUCAAAUAUUCCAGAUGGUCCCCACUUAGAUCCAACAACUAGGGAUUGCAAAAGAUAUAUCGAAUGCAUGGAUGGUAGACUUCUUUCUAAUUAUGAAUGUCCGCGAGCUACCGUCUUCAAUGGUGUGCAAUGUGUUCCCGACGUUUUAUAUCAUUGCCCACGAGCUGCUUUUCCAGGAGAUAUUUGUGAAAAGAAACAUGAUGGAUUUUAUAUCGAUCCGAGAAAAGGUUGCUCUUAUUAUGUUCGAUGUGAGAAUCAUAGAACUGUGGAAAAUCAUUCAUGCCCGUCCGGCCUCCAUUACAACCCGUCAGAAAAUUUGUGCAUGGAACAGCUCAACAGUGAAUUCUGCCGAGAAACUGCUUACUCCAAUGAAUGCGUUCAGAGAUCCGCUGGAUACUACCAGGACACCUCUGAGCAAUCAAAAUGCUCUCAGUACUUUUACUGUUACAAUGGAAAUAAAACCACACUUCGAUGCGGUCCUGGUCUAGUUUUCGAUGGAGAGAACUGUGUGAGCUCCUCUGUUUAUUCAUGUCCAAGUACAAACUUUAACUCCUGCAUAGGUAAAUCCAACGGCUACUACCGGGACCCAACCGGCGGCUGUCGCUCAUAUUUCUACUGUUCAGAAGGGAUCAAAACUUCCUACCUCUGCAGCGCAGGUCAAAUUUUUAGCAACGGCCAUUGUGUCGGGCGGCUCGAGGAUACGUCCUGCCAGGACGAUGAAGUCUGUGCAGGUAAAUCGGACGGUUACUAUCAAGACCACCAGUCCAAUUGUCGAAAUUACUUCUACUGUCAAAGUGGAGAAAAGCUGCAAACACUUACCUGCCGUGGAAGCAAAAUCUUCAACGGACAAAGUUGCGUUCCUCAGGAGACAUAUGCCUGUCCACGGGAUAACUCAGGUGCAGAUCCGCUGCUGAACUGCCUGCCCCGCCCUUGCAGUUCAGUUUGCUCUAGAAACGGGUUUCAGAAUGACUACGAUAAUGAUUGCGAGAGUUACUUCUUUUGCAUUGAAGGCAAGAGGACGACCCUCUCCUGCUCUAGCAACUAUGUUUUCAAUGGUGAAAUUUGUGUUCCUAGAGAUACGUACAGAUGUCCAAAGUACUGCGAAACAGAGGUUUCUUGUAAGUAGACAUAAGAAAUGUCUAGAAGGCCAUCAUGAGGAUAUACUAAUUAAUAAGCCUAGUUUUAAUAUUUAUUUGCAUUGUAGGUAAGAAAGUUAGAUAUAUUAUACAUAGUAAGUUAUACACAAUUUUCUCUUAUUUGUGCCAACAAGGUCAUUAAAUUCACCUGAUCGACCGGAUCUAAACACAUAAAACAGUGGGAUUGCUCAUAUUAAUUCACAUAAAUCAAUCAAGAAAAAGUGAAAGCAUGUAAUCGACCAUCACCAUAUUUGGACUAAUUUAAUUUAAUUGAAAUUGAAUAUUUUGAGCAAUACUGAAUUCAACUGCAAUAUAAGAAACUGCUAGGUUACCUCUAGAUAAGAUUUCAAUACUCAUAAUUCUACAUACACAAUUUCAGAAUUAAGGUUAUCGAGAUUCCAAAUGAGCUGUGCAAUAGCUCAUUGAUGUUCAGUACGUUUGAAGUCAAACAAUUACGUUGUAGUCCUGAAGUAAAUAGCAAUGAAAAUCAAUCGUUUUCCGUGCAAAAUCUAAAUCUAAAUGAGCGUUAAUUAUCUACUUAACUGUUCAGAGGAAGAGGUAGUUUUUUUUCCUGAAUGUUACAUGAAUAGUUAUUUGUAAUUUCUCAUUGCAUUGCAUCGUAUUUGUAAGCAUUGUAUGUUUAGAAUAGUAUCAUAAAUUAUUGAAUAUAUUUCAGGACGAGACCAUAACUUAUGAGUAGAUUUUUCGCGUACAAAAUAUCACAGGUCUCAGGCCAACACGUCGAAACACCAUAAUUUCGAUUUUAUUCGCAUUUUAAGUAUCAUGGGACAGUUGGGUUUCCAGUCAGUAUGCUUCACCAGCCAACCGACCGAUGAGGAAUAGUGGUCGCGGUUGGUUCGGUUUCUCUUUGCUCCCUGUGCGUGUUCGUUCGUAGUGAUGGUUGGCGCUGAUGACUGAUCGUACCAUUCAUAUUCACUCAAAUUCAAGCACUGGAAUUCGGGCAUAAUUGAGUUAAGAUGACCGCGGUACCGGCCGGAAACUAUGAGCAACCUUAGGGAAGAUCGGGUAACCAACCCCGGUGGGAACUUUGGUCGUAGGCUGACAGGGAAGGGGGGGGGGGGGUUUGCUUCGGCAAACCUGAGCGUUUGUUCUCCAGGAGGAGCGGCUCACAACAGCGUCUGAUCCCCAUGUUAGGGGCGGCUGAUCUACGUCCCAGUGCCAGGGAAUGACUCUAAGCUCAACUGUGCACUAUGGUCCUCCGGAAAGUAGGGGGUUGGUGUCAGGCCCUACGAGCCAACCGUAAAAAAACAUUGUAACGGAAAAUCAGCAACAGAAUAAUACGAACCGAGACCAACGGCAACGACCCAAGCGAACAAAAAGGACUUGCGAUUGGAAACUCGGUACGUGGAACUGCCGAUCUCUCAACUUCAUUGGGAGCACCCGCAUACUCGCCGAUCUACUGAAGGACCGCGGGUUCGGCAUCGUAGCGCUGCAGGAGGUGUGUUGGACAGGAUCCAUGGUGCGAACGUUUAGAGGUAAUCAUACCAUCUACCAGAGCUGCGGCAACACACGCGAGCUGGGAACAGCUUUCAUCGUGAUGGGUGAUAUGCAGAGGCGCGUGAUCGGUUGGUGGCCGAUCGACGAAAGAAUGUGCAGGUUGAGGAUCAAAGGCCGAUUCUUCAACUUCAGCAUAAUAAACGUGCACAGCCCACACUCCGGAAGUACUGAUGAUGACAAGGACGCAUUUUACGCGCAGCUCGAACGCGAGUACGAUCGCUGCCCAAGCCACGACGUCAAGAUCAUCAUAGGUUAUUUGAACGCUCAGGUAGGCCAGGAGGAGGAAUUCAGACCGACGAUUGGUUAGCUCAGCGCCCACCAGCAGACGAACGAAAACGGCCUACGACUCAUUGAUUUCGCCGCCUCCAAAAAUAUGGCCAUACGUAGCACCUUUUUCCAACACAGCCUCCCUUAUCGUUACACCUGGAGAUCACCACAGCAGACGGAAUCUCAAAUCGACCACGUUCAGAUUGACGGACGACACUUCUCCGACAUUAUCGACGUCAAUGCUGCGUAAUGCUGCAGCAAGGGACUCGACAGAACGUGGAACGUUAUAAACAGAAGCGGAAACAGCUGACCCGCCUCUUUCGGGAGAAAAAGCGCCGCCUGGAAGAAGCGGAGUGUGAAGAAAUGGAACUGCUGUGCCGUUCCCAAGAAACACGGAAGUUCUAUCAGAAGCUCAACGCAUCCCGCAACGGCUUCGUGCCGCGAGCCGAAUUAUGCAGGGAUAAAGACGGAGGCCUUUUGACGGACGGACGUGAGGUGAUCGAAAGGUGGAAGCAGCACUUCGAUCAGCACCUGAACGGCGUGGAGAACGUAGGCACGGGAGCCCACGGCAACGGAAGAAACGACGACGCCAGUGCAGCGGAGGACGGAAAUGAACCAACUCCCACGCUGAGGGAAGUUAAGGAUGCCAUUCACCAGCUCAAAACCAACAAAGCAGCUGAUAAGCAUGGUAUCGCAGCUGAACUCAUCAAGAUGGGCCCAGAAAAGUUGGCCAACUGUCUACAUCGGCUGAUAGUCAGGAUCUGGGAAACCGAACAGCUACCGGAGGAGUGGAAGGAAGGGGUAAUCUGCCCCAUUCACAAGAAAGGCUGCCUACAAAGUGCUAUCCCAUAUCAUCUUCCGUCGUCUGUCACCUAAAACGAAUGAGUUCGUGGGAAGCUAUCAAGCCGGCUUCAUCGACGGCCGGUCGACAACGGACCAGAUCUUUACCGUACGGCAAAUCCUCCAGAAAUGCCGUGAAUAUCAGGUCCCAACGCAUCACCUGUUCAUCGACUUCAAAGCGGCAUACGACAGUAUCGACCGCGCUAUGAAGAAUCAUGGACGAAAACGGCUUUCCUGGGAAGCUGACUAGACUGAUAAAAGCAACGAUGGACGGUGUGCAAAACUGCGUAAGGGUUUCGGGUGAACUAUCUAGUUCAUUCGAAUCUCGCCGGGGACUGCGAUAAGGUGAUGGACUCUCAUGCCUACUCUUCAACAUCGCUCUGGAAGGUGUGAUGCGACGAGCCGGGCUCAACAGCCGGGGAACGAUUUUCACAAAAUCCGGUCAAUUUGUUUGCUUUGCGGACGACAUGGACAAUAUCGCUAGAACAUUUGGAACGGUGGCAGAGCUGUACACCCGCCUGAAACGCGAAGCAGCAAAGGUCGGACUGGUGGUGAAUGCCUCAAACAAAGUACAUGCUGGUAGGCGGAACCGAACACGACCGGAUCCGUCUGGGUAGUAAUGUUACGAUAGACGGGGAUACUUUCGAGGUGGUGGAGGAAUUCGUCUACCUCGGAUCCUUACUGACGGCUGACAACAACGUGAGCCGUGAAAUUCGGAGGCGCAUCAUCAGCGGAAGUCGGGCCUACUACGGGCUCCAGAAGAAACUGCGGUCGAAAAAGAUUCACCCACGCACCAAAUGCACCAUGUACAAAACGCUAAUAAGACAGGUGAUCCUCUACGGGCACGAGACAUGGACCAUGCUCGAGGAGGACCUGCAAGCACUCGGAGUUUUCGAGCGACGCGUGCUAAGGACGAUCUUCGGCGGUGUGCAGGAGAACGGUGUGUGGCGGAGAAGAAUGAACUACGAGCUCGCUGCACUUUACGGCGAACUCAGCAUCCAGAAGGUGGCCAAAGCCGGAAGGAUACGGUGGGCAGGGCAUGUUGCAAGAAUGCUGGACAACAACCCUGCAAAGCUGGUGUUUGCAACUGAUCCGGUUGGCACAAGAAGGCAUGGAGCGCAGAGAACACGAUGGGCGGACCAGGUGGAGUGUGACUUGGUGAGCAUCGGGCGCGACCGAGGAUGGAGAGCGGCAGCCACGAACCGUGUAUUAUGGAGAAAUAUUGUUGAUUCAGUUUUAUGUUGAAUUAGAUGUAAUACUAAAUAAAUGAAAAAAUGAAUGAGUUAAGAUGACGGAAUAA